AUUGUCAUCAUGGGUUAACGUUGUUGGUGGCACCCACUGCAAUUGGACUGGAAUUAACUGCAACCUUGAUGGAAGCAUUACAUCCUUGAACCUUACUGGAUAUGGUUUACAAGUAUCUUGAUCUCUCAUCAAAUCAGUUGGUUGGAAGGAUUCCCACAAGUUUGGGAAAGUUGAGCAAAUUAUAUGUGCUGAAAUUAGGUAAUAACAAACUUACUGGCAACAUACCACUAGAAGUUGGAGAACUAUCUUUGCUUUCGGAGCUAAACUUAGCUUCUAAUAAGUUUGUUGACUCAAUUCCCCCACAAAUUGGAAGAUGUGAACGCCUAAUUACAUUGAAUCUGACCAGAAAUAUGCUUGUGGGCAAGAUUCCUCCUGAUAUGCUAAGCUUGAAAUCCCUUGAAAAUCUUGAUCUCAGUUACAACAUUCUCUCUUCUCAGAUACCACCACAAGUUGGAGGAUUAACAAACUUACAGACAAUGGACUUAUCACACAAUAAUCUGUCAGGCUCCAUCCCAUCAAGCAUUGUUCAAUGUGCAGCUUUAGUUUCUGUUGAUAUAUCUUACAAUCGGUUGGAAGGUCCUCUUCCUAACACUAAAGCAUUUUUACAGGCACCAUAUUCCGCCUUAAGUAAUAACAAAGGUUUAUGUGGCAAUCAUUCCGGCUUAAAGCCUUGCUCCUUGCUCAGCCAAAUUGACGGCAAAAAUAGAAAUUUGGUUGUAAUCAUAUCAAUAGUCUUGGGAAGUUUUUUUCUAUUGACGGUGGUUAUUAUCAUUUUUGUUAUUUUUCCACGACAGAAGAGAAAUACAGUGGAGGAGGAAAGAGAUUUUACUAAAGAUUUGUUCACAGUAUGGAGCUUUGAUGGAAAGAUGACAUAUGAAAGCAUAAUUGAAGCAACAGGGAACUUCGACUCUAGUUAUUGCAUUGGUGUAGGAGGGCAUGGAAGUGAAGUGUGUUUAGGGCUUGAGUUACCUAGUGGUCAGAUUGUUGCCGUAAAGAAUUUUCAUAUGUUAGGCCUGCAAGAUGAUGAAAGCUGGCAUGAUCUCAGAAGUUUUUCAAAUGAGAUAAGCACAUUAACAAAUUUGAGGUAUCAAAAUAUUGUGAAGCUCUAUGACUUUUGUGCUCACAAUAGACAUUCAUUCUUGAUUUAUGAGUAUUUACAAGGGGGGAGUCUAGCACAAAUUUUGAGUGAUGAUGAGAAAGUUCUCCAGUUGGGAUGGUUCGAAAGGAUAAAUGUGGUCAAAUUAAAGCUCUGGCUAAAGCUUUAUCGUACAUGCACCAUGAUUGUUUAGCUCCUAUUAUUCAUCGAGACAUAUCAAGCUACAAUAUUCUAUUUGAUUCCAAGCAUGAAGUUCAUGAAAUUGGACUAGAUUUGUUGGAACCAUGAGAUACACAGCUCCAGAGUUAGCUUACACUGCAGAGGUAAACUGCAAAUGUGAUGUAUAUAGCUUGGGAGUAGUAACACUAGAAGUGAUUAUGGGGAAACAUCCGGGUGACCUUGUUUCAUGCAUUUCUUCAUCCUCACUCUCAGCAACCAAUAGAAUUCUUUUGAAGGAUAUGAUGGGCCCUCGACUCUGAUCUGCCCUCCACAAAGACAUGAAGUGAAACAACUUGUGUUGGUUGCAGAGAUAGUAGUCUCUUAUAUGAAUUUCAAUCCUCAAUGUCGCCCAACUAUGCAACAAGUUUGUGUGAUGCUAUUCAAGGAAAGGGAUUUCCCCAAUUUUUCCCUUGAGAUCACUUUAAGCCAGUUGUUUGGUCUUGAAUUUCGGAAUCCAUCAAUUUUUACACUAUUCAAGGUUGAGAACUCAAACAUUGGGUGAUAUGGCACAAGAAUUGUGAAAAUAAAUAGUCCUUUAUGCUAUUGGCAAGUGGUCAGUAAGUAUUCUUCUAAUGAAUUGUUAGGAUAAAUGAUGAUUUCUACUUGGUGGAAAACAAAAACUAGUCUGUUUCAGAUCAGGUAUAAGAUGGAGUCGUGCUAGCUUUCAGAUAAAGCUUUUCUUUACAGUACUUGACAGCGAUUGAAGAUGGUGACUAUGAAGGACAAGAAUGAAUUUUGGAAGAAGGAAGUAGGCAAUGUGGAACCUCUUAGCUUGUUGUUAUGAAAUGCAAUUAAUGAAGGUGGUAAGACCCAUUAUUCAUGUUGAUUAUAAAACCUAAUCUUAGAUAUAUCUUGAGUUGUGAUCGAGUUUUUGCUCAUCUCUUGCAUGUCUAUAUAUAAUUUUUCAUAUUUUCACUGAUAAUGAAUAUUUUUGCAUUUACAGACAAUGUACAACUGCAAGAUGGGUGCAAGAGAUGCAUCCUUUGAAUUGAAGCUUGUUGCGGAUACAUUAUCCAUGCCUGACUGCCUGGUACCACAUUGGAAACAAACGGCUCUCUAUUUGGAAGACGUUCUAACCAUUUGCCAAGGGGAGGCCAUAGUAGAGAGCGUCACUGUUUCACAUAGCAACAAGAAUCAUCCUCACUUGGAUAUAAUUACUGCUAAAGUACAUACUAGUUAAAUGGCAGUUGUCAUUGCAUUAUAUUGUGUCUAGAACUCAAUAUUACAGAAUGCGGUGACAACAUGUGGAUGUUGAUGGCUUGAUAGAUCUUAAGGAUUACAUGGUAUAUAUUUGUUGGUGCAACAACAAUUCUUUUCCUCCCCAUACAAAGUUGAACAAACAACUUUGUCUCU